UUAUUAUUUUAAGCGAGUUAUACAUCAGCUGGCGAAAGCUAUCCAUCGUAUCAAAACAGUAGCACGUGUACUUAAUGCACAUAUGUAUAUAAAGACCUUGAUAGUUGAAUCGAAGCAAUCCAUGCGCAUAGUCGCUACAAAUCACCAUAGUAAUAACAGUAACAACAAAUAAAUUCUUUAUUUUCAUUUACUUGAUAUUUUAGGUCAUAAUGAAAUUAACUUCCAAAACUGUGACGCUACUGUUAAAAAUUCGUAAAGUCAAAAUACAUUAAUUGGCUAAUUCAGACAAUUCUUUUGUUUCAAUAGAAAAAGAAGAAAUUAAUCUUUGCUGUCAAAAAUUAAUAAAAAAUGUCUCUCCAUUGCAAUCCGUUAAUUUAUUUUAAUAUGGGUGGUGAAAUGUUAUAUGUGUUACAACAAAGGCUGAAGGCGCAGAAAAUAAAUUCACGCAAAACGUCUACAGUGCUAGACGACAUAACAGCUGCAUUUGUUGACCCAAAAAUAAUAUCAGCAAUAUUCACCGAUUCGCCGAUUUCAAGUUUAAGUUGGAUUCGUUCGACUUUAGAGAAGAUUGCUUUGUGCUCAAUAAUGCGCUUGGACCAGGACAGUAUGAACAAACUGUUUGACUUGAUGAUGAUGAUGGUGAAAUUUCAGUUAUCGACAGCGACGGGACCUCGAGAAAUCAUUCUGUUAACAUUGAAUCAUGUUGAUGGCUUACGAAACAUGAUUUCUCGCAAUGGAAUUCACGAAAAAGUUAAUGUCGUUCACGAACUAAUUAUCAAGAAAUACGGAAAGUUAACCUGCAACGAAAUAUGGGAAACGCGAAAUGAGUGCUUGGACCUACUGGAGGACAUCAAUGUCCGCGUUUCAAUUCUUCUGAAAUUGGGCCUGCAGAAUGAGGACACGAGUUUUAACAUUAAUGCACGGAACUACAACGAAAAGUUUGAUCUAAUGAGCAAAGAGUUAGGGUCAAUUGAAUUGUUACAAGUUCCGCAGAAUUUAAGAGUCGGGUCUUUGCAACUAAUGGGGGAGCGCGUUACAUUCUUAGGAAGAAAUAUAUAUGCAAUGAACUACUCAUUUGUAACAAUAAAGCCCCAGAAGGAGAAAUUACCGCCCUCUAACCGGGACAAGUUGUUCAUAAAAGACAAGGGAACCAAAGCUGAACUUGGGAUGCUAGCAGCCCAAUUGGGAACUGAGGAUACAUCUUCUACGAGGACCUUCAGCCUCGAUUUGUUCGAUGACAUUGAUGUGAAAACCGAGAACCAAGGCAAUGAAACUUCUAACACUAAAGAAGAUGAUGAACAACAAAAUAUAAAUGAUAUGAUUAAGAUUAAUGAUGAGUACAAGAGCAAAUUGGAGAAUCUCUGCGCGGACUUUCUUACUGAAGACGGUAUCGAGAACAAAGUGAAUCUAUUGCAGCUUCUUGAUGAAAAUUAAUCAUAGUGUGUUUAAUUUUUUUAAAAAAUAAGAAAGUUUUGUUUUGGGAUUAA